UCACGACCGGGAGUGCGAGUGCGUCUCGGCUCGGUCCGACUGAUGCUAGUGCUCAGAGAAGAACGUCAACGGAUUUUUUUUUUUUUUUAAAUGAUAGGACAUUUGAUGAGGCGCGUUAAACUAAUUUUGACGCCCUUUUAUUUAGUUAUUGAUUUUCAAUGUGUGUUUAUUUUCGUAAAUAUCACAGUUUAAUAAACGGUGAUUCCGGGCCGACUUGCAACAACGCUGAGCGGGUGUUGGCAACCCUGGCGCCUCGAUAGGUAUCGACUGCGUGCGGCGCGCUUGUAUCGAUCCGGAGCGCGGCCGGGGUGGAUGCUAGGAGGCUAGGACAGCGACAGUGCGUGGUGGAUGAAGCGGCGUGGCGUGUUGGCUAGUGACUCGGCGCGGACGUGUCGCACCUGCCGCGGGGAGACGGCGCCACGAGCAGGCGAACUGCCCUGUUGCUCGGAGCCAGAUGAUCGUCGGCCGGCUGGCUCGGGAUGCCCGCGAGGCAGCCGUCGCACGCCGGGCCGCGCGGGGCCGGCCCCUACUCGGAGUCGGCGGCGCUGGUGCGCGGCACUGAGGGCAUGUCCUACACCGAGGAGGGCGUGCCCCGCCCCCGCAGCCCCCGCCCCCAGGACGAAGAGGACGGCGGCGAGGACGAGCUGGUGGGCAGCGGGGACUCGGACAUGUCCGUGCUCGCGCAGUUCCACGAGGACGCCAUCAGACAGGCCGGGCUGGGCUACUUCCAGUGGCUGGCGCUGCUGGUGGGCGGACUGGGGCUCGCCGCGGACACCAUCGAGCUGUUCGUCGUGGCCUUCAUCCUGCCCAGCGCCGAGGUCGAGCUGUGCAUCGACGACGCCGAGAAGGGCUGGCUAGUCGCCAUCACGUUCCUGGGCAUGAUGGCGGGCUCGGUGCUGUGGGGCAGCCUGGCGGACCGCAUGGGCCGCAAGAGGACGCUCAUGUCGGCGCUGGGCGUGCACGCCGUGUUCGGCAUCAUCGCUGCGCUCAUGCCCACCUUCGGCACCUUCAUGACGGCGCGCUUCUGCAGCGGCAUAGGUAUCGGCGGGGUGUUCCCGAUAGUGAUGGCCCACUUCGCGGAGCUGCUGUCCAAGGCCGACCGCGCCAAGUACCUCAGCUUCCUGCUCAUGUUCUGGGCGCUGGGAGGAGUGUUCGUGGCGCUGGUUGGCUGGGCGCUCAUCCCCACCACCGGCGCAGACGUGGUCCAGGAGAGCAAGGAGCACUUCAGCGCCUGGCACCAGCUGCUGCUGGUGUGCUGCCUGCCGUCUGCGGCCGCCGUCGUGGGGCUGGUGUUCCUGCCCGACUCGCCGCGCUACCUCCUGGAGGCCGGCCGAGAGGUCGAGGCCAUGAUGGUGUACCAGAGGAUCUACAAGACCAACAACCUGCACAACCCGGCGGCGCGCGCCCAGUACCAGCUGUCCGAGCUGGAGCUGCCCAGCAAGAGGCCAGCUGGCCGGGGGCUGUCCUCCCCGCCCGGCGCGGGCCGCUCCGUGCUGGCCGACAUGAUCUACAGCAUCGAGAUGUUUUGGAACUCUUUUCUGCAGCUCUUCAUUUCCCCUAACCUGCGAGUGACCGUAGUCCUCGUCAUCCUGUGGUUCACAGCUGCCUUCGGGUACUACGGCCUGACCAUCUGGUUCCCCGACUACAUCAAGCAGCUGAAGGUGGACCAGUACGCCGGCAACACCAACGUCAUGACCAACGCCUUCUACAACGGCACGUCGUUCAACGACAGCAUCGAGAACACGCACUGGGUGAACAGCCGGUUCGCGGACUGCCGCUUCCACCACCUGGUGCUCAGCCACGUCACCUUCACCAACUGCACGCUGGAGCGCACGGAGUUCGCCAACAUCAAGUCCAGCCGCACCUACUUCCUGCACUCGGUCGUCGAGGACUGCAGGUUCGUGGACACGGACCUGUCGGAGCAGCACUUCCGCGACUGCCGCCUGCUCAACAACACGGUGGUGAGCCUGGCGGUGGGCUGCCCGCUGGACUUCGACUACAACAUCCACCUGGAGGAGGUGUUCCAGGAGAACCUGGUGGGCCAGCUCGCCAUCCUGCCCGCCGCGCUCGUGUCCGCCUUCGUCGUGGACCGCAUGGGCCGCGUCAAGAUGAUAGGUAUUUCCAUGUUCCUCUCGAGCAUUGCGUCGCUCUUCAUCUGGUUCCUGGACACCAACUCGUCUAUAAUCAUAUUUGAAGCCAUCUUCAACUUUGUGUUCAUCUGCGCAUGGAACGCCAUCGACGUUGCGACGGUAGAAUCCUACCCGACGCACCUGCGCACGACGGGGUUUGGCUUCCUGAACGCGACGUGCCGGCUGGGUGGUCUGCUGGGCGUGGUCACGUUCCGCAACCUCAUCGCGUGGAGCCGUGUCAUGCCCAUGCUGACCACGGCUGCCGUGCUGCUGGUGGGUGGCGUGGCCUCGUCACGGCUGGCCGAGACCAGCUCCGUGCUGCUGUAGCUGCCUCGCGUCGCUACCUGCACGGCACUUCGAGACCAGCUCCGUGCUGCUGUAGCGGUCUUGCGUCGCUACCUACACAGUACGCAGAGACCAGCUGUGUGCUCUUCAGAGGAGCCUCACGUCGUUAACUGCACGGCACUUCGAACCAGCUCCGUGCUGCUGUAGCAGCCUCGCAUUGCACGCCGAGACCAGCUGCAUGCUCCUGUAGCAGCCAUAGCCAUGACAGUCAGUCCUCCUUGCGCACUGUCAUUCAGAAGUAACUGGAAUAUAAUUAGAACACAAUAAAAAAAAAUAUUAAUUUUUGGUACUUAGCAAUGAAAGUACUCUCUCAUUAAAUGUAAAACCUCUUCUGGGGUUUUAAGCCUAGCCUUACGAUUAUAUUUGUUUUGCUUACGGUACUGUAGAAGUAAAGUGGUAUGAAUUACCCGGUUGUGAAAACAAAGGAAAUUAACGUAUAGUUACCAUUAGCGACCAUGAGCUGAUACUGUGGCAAAAAAAUAUAUAACGAUGAAUAUUUUUCUGACUUUAAUCAAAUAGCAGAUAACAAAAAUUAACAAGACGUAGUAAUUUUCACAACCCAUACAUAAAGUGAAACAAAGACUAUGAUGCUGGACCUGGAAUGUGAGGUCCCUUGUGACUAGACUCUGCUGUGUUCUCGGUGACAUGACGCCUGUGUGCUACGAGCGACAGAAAAGCGCCAGCCAACUGGAACCAAGUACGUGUGUGCCGUGAUCCCAAUUUUCCCCUUUUGUAAAAAAUUUAAAUGUUGGGGUUUCUAACGAAGACUAUAGUGUUUUACAAGCACCAGCUCAUAUAAUAUUGUCAUAUCUCAUGUGCUCUUAGGAUGUAAAGUAAAUCACAUAUCACCGUCAUUCUUGAAAAUUAUUCCGUGGAAGAAACUAAAUUUGUUUGAACUUCAAUUUUUUUUUCUCGUGCAUCAAGCAUGUUCUUUAGUGCUUAUGUAUUUUAUUGCUAGGAUACCAAAAAUAUUUAAAGAGGAAAGCAAGAGUAUAGAUAUCGAUAUCAACAAUGUUUAUUGAACCUGUAAUAUGUAGAGGUUUUGUACUCCUCAACAAAAUGUAUAUUGUGUUUUACUCGCUUAUUUUGCUUAAUGUUUCAGCCAUGCUUCCACAAAGACAACUGAACAAAUUCACCCGACAAAAAUUUGUUCAAUUUGGAGCUUUAACACGAAUCGAAGAGUUCAGCUGUUGAACAACAGAACUUCAAUCUUAAUUCUAAAGUAAGGUGUCCAUUAGAAGAUUGAUUCAUCUGACACAUUUAGCAUGACUGCACACUCACUAUCUGAGACCUUGAAGUCCAAAUUUGUGAACAGAAUAAGCCCUGAACUGAGUAAAUUCACAACCCACCAAGUUGUAGCAAUUCCAUCAAAUGUGCUUAGUUCUGUAUGGACAAGAUUAUAUGGUAAAAUCCAUUAAAGGCGAAAUAACACCGAAAAGCAUGUUAACACACCAUACAGGUAUAACACGAAAAUGCAUAUUAAUACACCGAAAAUCAUCGAAAUGUAUGAAAUUAUUUAGCAUGGAGUUAGUACCAAAAUGUAUGUAUUAAAUGGAUAGGAAAUCUUUUUGCUAUUUUUGAUAUUGCAACUUUUAUAUAUAAAAUUUUUUUUUCAUCAUACCAUUGGUACAUUUUUCAAAUGCACAUAUACUUGCUGCUUAAUUUUUGAAGUUCCCAGUAGUUAGACAUGUUAUAUAUUUUAAUUUGUUAUAUGCUCACCAACAGUUGUUAUCACUGCCAAUGUAUGGACUCCCACACUCGUCUGUACCAUAGCAACAGCACAUGAAGGCAGGAUUACCACACACUAACAGUGACAACAACAAAUAUAAACAAACAUGGACAAACAAAACAAACAUUCAAACAGAAAAAAAUAUGUAAAAACAAAAUAAUAUGAACAAACACACAAAACAUGUAAUUACUUAUUACUAAAGACUAUAAAUUACAAACAGAACAUUUAAUCUAAACAUGCUAAACAAGAUAACAAAAGUUUAUGAAAACAUUGAAGGGAUACUAACUUGGUACAAAAAUGAAGAUUGCAAGUGUAAAAGACAGUAGUGAGAAUGAUUACAAUGAAACAAAGACCAAUAUGAUGAUAAUAACAAUUUAACAUAAGUAUUUACUAAGUGAAUAAAAGAAUAAGCGAUAAAGUGUUAGGAAACAUUAAUUUUUCAAAUACUAUAAUUAAUUAAUUCCUUAUACAUAGUAUUUAAUAUACAUAUAAAAAAGAAUCAGCUAAAUGAUAGCCAAUUAAUUAAAGGAUAUUUUCCAACUUAUUAUAAUUAGAUAUUAGUCUACAGAUUAUCAUUUCUGUUGUUAAGAGUACAUAAGGUAGACUUUAGUCGACUAUGAAAUAGUGAAACUCUAAGUCGAGUAUUGUUGAGAAUGUAUUUACAGUUAAUUAUAGUUUUGUUAUAAUUUUUAAUGAAGAGAAAAUCAAGAAGUGCUAUAUGAUCAAGUACAGGAACAAAAUUGAAUGUAUAAGAGAAUUUUAAAUUUAAAUUUUAGUUUUAAUGGAUUAAAUUUGAACAGAUUCAGAGGAAUUUAUUAAAUUCCAAACUAUUGAACAAUAUUCUAAUUUGGUCUUUGGAAUCAGGAUUGGUAGAGUAAAAAGUUAUGUACCUAUUUUAUUAAACCAAGAGACCUUAUUGAGCUUUUGAUUAAUUUAUCUACAUGGAGAUGAAAAAUAUAAUUUUGAGUCAAAUGUUAAGUCCAGAUCUUUUAAGGUACAUGCUUUAGGAAUUACAUUAUUGUCUAAUUUAUAAUCAAAAUAAAAGUGGAAAUAUUUCCUAGUAAAGAAUAUAAUUUUUAUUUUUUUUCUUGUUGAGAGAUACUAAAUUAGAUUACACCAAUUACAAAUUGCAUUAAUGUCAGAUUGACGUAAAAGAAAGUCAUUAGGGGAAGUAUGAUUAUACAAUUUUAAAAUUAUCCACAUACAGUACUCCAGAUGAAUGGGUCUGAACAUGAGAGAUACAUCAAUAAAUAUAUUUUAAAGUAAAAGUGACAAAGGUACUACCUUGAGAUACAUCAGAACUGGCUAAAUAAAAUGAAUUGCAAUUAUUAAUAACAAUUUCUGUUUUUGAGACAGCUUGUAAACCAGUUAACAAAAUUAUCGCAGAGUCCUAAAUUAGAUAAUUAUUUUAUAAGUAGAAUAUCAUGUUUAACAGAACUGAAGCAUUUUACUAAAUCAAAAUAACAGGCAUCAACCUGACCUCUAUUAGUGUAUUGACGGUAUGAUUAAAAAAAUUUAUAAGAUUGGUGGCAGUGUACAUGCCACAUCUGAAGCCAUGUUGCUUGUGAUGUAAUUUAUUUAUCAAAGGGAAAUUAAUAAUUUUGUAAGUAAUUUUUUUGCAAAAAUUGUAGAAAAAUCAUGAAGAGGGAAUAAAUGUUUUGGAAGGGGUACCAGUAAGUGGAAGUAACCUUUAAGAAUAAAAUUAGGAAUUCCAUCAGGACCAGAGGAUGGCUAUACCCAAACGUACUAAACUUUCAGAAAUGUCAGAAACUGUAAUAAGUUUCAUAGUGGAUCUUCUGCUUGAGUUACAGUGUGUACAGAUAAGUUGCUAAACCAAAGAUCCCUAAGGUUUUUAAAAUCAGGAGUAUUGUUAGACCAAGACUGGAUGAGAAAUGAAGCAGAUACAGCAACUUAUUUCUGAUGAGCGAAUGCACGAUAUGGUACAACAUGGUUAUAACAAUUGUAAUAGUGCAUCAUGUGUCGGUCAAAAUAACACAUGUUUUGGUAAAGUAAGUAGCAUUGAAGAAGUUAGUGUUCUAUUUGUUGAAAAUUGUGUCAUCUUCAUGAAUACACAAGAGUUCGUGAAAAAAUUAUAACAGUAACAUGAAAUAUCUUGUUAUAAAAACUAAUUUGCCUAAAAAUAAAACUAUAAAAUCUUGUCUAGUAAUAUGUGAAAAAAAAAAAAAAAAAAAGGCAUUAAUUCCAGUUUGUUUACGACGUGGAAAUGUCAGUACAGUGUAAUAUGUAAUGACUUUGUAGUACACUUGCACGCUCCCCCAAACCAUGUGGUCAGGGUUCAUGACCCAAGCAGAUCCCCUCCACACAUCCUUGGGUAAAGUUAGUCGUCGCAGUACCUUCAAAGCAAGCCGGGCAGUGUAGCAAUGGCUUUGCAGACUAAACAGUGCUGUCUGAAAUCUGCCUGCAACGAAGUAUUAAGUAAUCGGUACAGACCAAGAUUUUAUAAUUUUAUUUUUGGUCCCAUUUAAUUUUUCAAACUGAAUAAAUCGGUGUUAUUGUUUUUAUUUUUAUAAAAGCUGUUUUGUAAUACUUACUCUACCAAAAUGGUGGUAAAAUUUAUAUGCUGCAUUUUUACUACAAAAUAAUUUGUAAUAAGUUGGUCCAAGAUGGAUACCUACAUUCAGAAUAAAAAUAAAUUAGUGAGCAGUUGUGUUUAAAGUUGAUUCAAAAAGAGAUGCGCAAUAAAACAUAUUAAGUAAAUUUUUCUGAUCUAUGCACUAUGGUAAAAAUUUUUGUCAGGAAAUGACAUUCCUUGAAUUUAAAACAUUAAAAGAUUACUAUUUUAAUGUCUUAAGUUAAUUUUUGGUUAAAUGCUGCUAAAUUCCAUGAUAUAACUUUCAUUUCAGUGCUACAUGCAGUAUUAACUCGCAUUUCAGUGUUACGCAGUAUUAUGGCUUGCUUUUCAGUGUUAUUUCAGUUUUAUCGCAAUUCUCCAUAAACUCUUGUCCCUAGUAAUUGGCCUUUCAGAAUGCACACCUAAUCUAGACACUAUAAAUUUUUGAGUCCAUUAUUGAAAAAUUUAUUUGCUAUCAGAACUGAACGCAGCUGGAACGAUUUUCAGAUCAUAUAAUCUCUUGUAGCUUUGUUUAAGUUUGUCAGUUAACAUUUGAUAUUUCAUGUGGUCAUAAAAUUAAUUUAUAUCCAAAAAUUUUAAAAAUGUAUAAGGUCUAUUGAUAAAAAUCACUUGUGUAAAUGUUCAAAACAUUUGGCUUAUAGACAGUAGGUUCGUUCAGCUCUUUGGCAGACAUAAAACACUGAUAAUUGCCAAUAAAUGUAGGGUUCACACCUGUCCAUUCCGUGGCACGAAAAGUUCACCAAAGUUGGCCACUUGCUCAUUCAACUUCGGUAGCAGCUAAAAUUUAAAUUGGUAAUUCUAACCAACCAUUAAAAUUAUUUUACAGUAUUUUUAAUGUAACUAACCUAGGUAAUAAUUUUCAUAUCACAAAUUUUUAAUAUUUACAUCUAACCUAAAAAAUUAUUUAAUUUGUAAACAACUAACAUUUUUUUCCCCCCUUCAGAAAAGUGGCUUUCCUUCUGAAUUACCAAAGAUUUAACCAAUCAUAAAACCUAAUAAAAUACUUACAGCCCAUAUGCUACAAAUGGAUAUUUAAAAUUUAAAUCCUCAACAUGUUAAUUUUUGGGUUAAGGGAGUGAAAAAACUAAAUGUGCAUUAACACAGCCUCGUAAUGGACUGGUGUGAAUCUUCGGUUCCCCAUUGAAUUCAAUGCACUUUUUUUUAUAUUUUUCUUGUCUACUGUUUGAAGAUGUAGUGGGCUAAAAAAUAACGUGGUUGAGACUUUCUUGCAAAGCAUUAUAAACCAGGAGAUAGAUUCUAUAUGUUGUAAAUGUGUCUUAAGAUUGGAGGUUAACAUUUUCAAUAGGCCAUAUGCAUUUCAAUAAAUGUUAAUUUUUUUCAGUCAAAUCAUUUAUCUCUUAUUACUUUUAUUACCAUGAAAUAAAGUCUUGUAGUUGUUGACCAAAUUCAUUUUUAAUAAGUUACUUGUGACUAGAAACUUUUUUAUGGGAAUUUCUGUGCACUAUUUAUAGGUGUUUAUCAUAUGUAGUUUUCUAGCUAAACUGUUACAACUUACUUAAUAGUUACCAAUAUAAUAGUCUAAUAGUUAUGACUGGAAAAAAAAUGUACAUACAUUUCCAAUGGCAGCUAUAGGGUUAGACUAUAUAUUAUACUGAACAAAGACAGAUCAUUAGAAAUAACUUAAAGAAAUAAAAUAAUAUAAGAGAUGUUUCUGUUGAAUAUUAAAACACAUUCUAAAUAAAAUGGUGGUGAUGAUCUACAGAUAGCUUGUUACAGCAGGGCUCUUUUCUUUGCUGAUUUCAUAUGGAGGUAUCUCAAGCUCCCUAGUCGAUUAGUUGGAAACUAUCAAAUUAAUGAUACAAUUUGUGAACAAUCCUCUUGUCAUCUUAAGUUUUCAAUUUAUUAUAAGAUCACUAUAAAUAAUUAAAGACAAAAAUGUUGCAAGUUAUGAAAGACCCACUGUUUUUACUGUGUGUGGUUUGCUAAGAAAUGUUUGUUUAUAAAAUUUCCUACUAAUUUUUAGUGAUAAAAUGUAUGUGGUACUUUUUAUAAACAUUUUUUUUUUUUUUUUUUUUUUGCAGGUUUGUGACAGUCACUGUGAUUAUGUACACAUGCAAAUGAACAUUUACAUACAUUACAAUUAAAGUAUAGAGUUUAAAUGAGCAAUAAUAAAAUUAAAUUUCAGAGUUUAAGUAUAUUAAAUUGUGAUUUUUUUCUGAAAAUAAUUUUGUAGUGAUCUAAAGUUUGUUCUAGUCAUAAACAAACAAAAAACGUUACUUGCAAUGAAAUG